AUGAAUACAAAGACAAAUAACUUGGCACUUGAUCGAGACGCGGCCUUGAAAAGAUACGAGUCUCAAAAGUCGCGUGAUUGGGAGAAAAAGACGACGCCAAACCGCAAGCAGCCGGGCAGCCCCGUCUCCUCGGGCCCGGCUGAAGCUAUAUAUAACCGCUUGGCUUUGUUUCUGCGCAAGCGCAUCGAAAUCUUUCUGAGGCGUCUCCCCCCUUCUCCCCUUCACGGUGCAACACUGCAUCGUGCUUGGAGGAGUUUGGUCGUAGUCGCAGACGAGCUGUCAGUGUCUCGCCAAUCGAUGGGCGGCAAUAAACAUCGAACUUCGAUUGACAGGUCCCAGCCCACUGUCUCGGAACCCCAGGAGGGCCAAGAACCUCACGAUCGUCUCUGGUCGCGUGCUCCCUUGCCAAAACCUUCUCGCAAACCCUGCAGCGAACUGAACCUCGCCGCUCCAGCUCGAGUAAAUGAUCCCUCCUGGGAUAAGAAAGGUUGCUAUUUCGAAGAACGGGAUGCCUACUUCGGUCAUCCUGCAGUGAUCGCUGUUCUCCAUCGGCCAUGGCAGCACAUCACAAAGUUUCCAGGCUCGGAUCGGCUCGGCCCUGGUCUCCAUGUGUUCGUGGACCAUGACGCCGCGGGGGUUCACUUCAAAAUUGACUUGGCGUCGCAGUGUCGAACCCGGAGUUCGGCUUGCUUCCUAACUUCAAGUGGAAGUUUCAAGGAUGUAUUGAAGAUGGCCCAUUCGUCUGGUCGCGUCAACGCGCAACUACCUCGGGAAACCCGUCAACAGCUAGCCCAACAUUCGAGUGCUACAGAUCUAAUAUCCAAACACCAAUGCGUUGAUCCUGAGGCCUACUGCAUGUGA